AUGGCGCUUUACGUUUUGGCCGUUUGUAGCGUUGGCCUUUUUCUAGUCGCUGAGCCUACGAAUCAGGUGUCCUUCUCGAAGGCCAGAAGCGGAGCCUUUCUGUCUCCCGAUGCAAGCAACGAAUACGCCACCAUCUUCUUAGGACAAGUCGAAGACGCCGAUAUGCAGCAAGAAGUCGAAGAAGACACAGAUGCACUAGUAGAAGAAGCUACAGCAGAGGAACGAUCCGUGCUUGCUUUCCUGCGCGACCAACACAAUGCCCACAGGAAUGACAGCAGAGAUGAUGACGACUUGGGUGACAAUGACUGGGACGAUGAGGAACAUGAAGAACUCAUAUACGUUUGCUUUGUUUCGAACGAAGGUGCUGAAUGGGCCUGUGCAAACAGGGCCCCCCAGCAGCAGUAUCCCGGUGGCAUGUAUUGUCCUCACGACAUGUGUUGCAGUGACACAGUAUCCUACAUGGGGAAAGUUGGAAAAAUUUGUACCUCCGAUGAAUCGUUUUGUCAAUCUUACAACGCUGAGUACUCCUACGGCCGCUGCACUUGCGAACAUAAAGCAGCUGAAUGCCCGCAAAACUCGUCUUGCAAAAACACUAAGAAGGGCUCUGGCUGCGAGUGUGACCACGGAUACAUCAAGGAAAAUGGUAAAUGUGUCAAGCGUGGAUCCACAGCCACAUCUACCACCACAGCAGCAGCACCCCAUGCAUCUGGCAAGGCAGGCCCCUGCACAGCCACUGACUGCCGCCCUGGGUUUUGUAAGGUCGAGGAUGAUGCGAUAAGCUGCACCUGCGUGUCAGGGUAUAUUCCUAAAGAGGUUAAUGGGAGGCCUGCCUGCGCGUAUCCCUACGCAAACUAA